AACCUAAUUUUAGUUGAAAUGCGAUGAAAACACACAGACACCACAUUACUCUUUUCUCUUCCUGCAACACCAACCAACCCACACCACCAAUCCUACUAUUUUACCAUUUUUUCCAAUUUUUUUCCACCAUUUUCAAAUUCACUUCAUCUCUCUCUCUGAUUCCGCUUCGGUGAGAGGAGAAUCGUUAAUUCGAGCCCUCAAUCAAUUUUCCGAAUUAACCAAUCAUGCCGUCUGGCGCCAAGAAGCGAAAAGCUGCUAAGAAAAAGAAGGGAGCUCAGCCCACCAGCAACAAUCCCAAUCCGUCCCUUGCUGUUUCUGCUCAAGAUGUGAAGCACGAAGACGAUAGGCAGAGUGACGUAGGGGAGGCUAGCUCGACCACGUCUAACCCGAGUCACCAUGACCUUCUGACCGAGGGCGAGGAGGAGAAGGUCCAGAAUAGGGAGAAUGCUCCUCCGGGGGAGGGUGUGAAAAUCGAGGGGAACAACGCUGUCCCAAUCGAAAGAGAAUUCAAGACUGGGGAAGAAUUCGGUGACAAGUUUGAGCACGAUGAAACCGAGAGGAAAUCAUAUGAUGGAGGGUCAUCCGGGAGCUCAAGAAGUAGUAGCAGAAGCAGCUCGGAUGAUGAGUCUCACGGUGUUAAGAGUAGCCGUGCUGUGAUUGAUACUGCGCCUGCCAUCUCUAUUGGCGAGGCGAAUGAGGCUUUUGUGGAUUGUGUGCCACCUGUUGUCUCGGAUAAGGUUUUAUUGUUGAGCGAAUGUAUGAAAGUGAACACAAGCUCCCCCUCUGGAUCUAAAGAAAGUGGAGAGAAAAAGGGCUCUGUCGAGGAGCAAGUUGGAGGUUCCGAAACUUUCUAUGACGCAGAACCAACCACUCUAUCUGUUGAGUAUGUUGGGGUGGCUUCUGAUCUGAAGACAUCAGUUGAAGAAACUCGUGAACGGUUAAGUCUGUCACAUGCUCCUAUUGCUACUCAUGAUAAUGGAGCGGAUCUCGAGAAAGAUUCAAGAGUUACAGAGCCGUUGCUGGUUCCCCCUCCUCGUCCCAUGCAAACGACAUCAUGGAAGGGUUGUUGUGGACUAUUUGAACUGUUCACGCGGUCGGAUAGAUAAUUAUGAAAUUAGAGCAUGGCGAAUACCCUGUUCGUGAGCACGCCUCUUUGACUGUUUGAUUCGGAAGACGAAUUAGCGUUACAAGAAGGUGAUCACGAACUGUAAGUCUCACUAGUGUUUUGGCAUUACUCGAAAGGCGGGCUAUAAACCAGUCUGGUGUGGGUACGAGUUUUUUCCUUUGUUUUCGCAGCGGAUAGAUAAGUUUUUCGUGUUAACGAUUUCUUGGCGCAGUUUGGUAUUUGCUUGAGGAACCUUUGUAGUUGUGAAACUUGAAAAAAAGUGUAGCGUUUUUAUCAUCUUCUUGUUCGAGUCUGUGAAGUUGUGACUCUCUUUCAUCGUACGUCGUUAGUGAUAUGGUGAAUACUAAAUAAUGGUGUAAACGACUUUUAGAUUUAAUGACAAUCUAUACUUGUUAGUAUAAA